UAGGACAUUAUUUAAAGUCGCAGGCUUUGAAGAGAAAUUCAGUGACUGAUCAGGUAAUUUGUGACAAAUUCAGUGACUAAUUAGGCGAUUUGUGAGAAAUUCAGUGAUUGAUUAAGCAAUUUGUGAGAGAGCUUGGAAGAUUGAAAAAGAGUACUUGAGAAAGAUGAAUGCUGCAGUUUUUCUUGCUGCCAGAAAUGGCGAUCUUGAUGCUAUUAAGAAAUUGCACGGUCAAAACCCUAGGCAACUGAAAGAAGUUAGUUUUGAAGGCAAUACUGUUCUGCACAUUGCUGCAAAGGACGGACAUUUGGAGCUGGUUCAGUGGAUUCUUCAAAAUGUGAAAGGCCUCAUUACAGCUCGCAAUGCCGAUUACAAUACGCCGCUGCACUCAGCUGCUAAGGGGGGAAAUGCUGAGAUAAUUACUACUCUUCUCCGCUACAACAAGUGUCCAGCCGCUAAACGCAAUCAGUUUGGAGAAUCGGCUCUGUUAAUAGCUGCAGAGCACGGUCACGUGGAUGCAGUUAGGGUUUUGGUGGACGCUACGCCCUUCUAUCUCAUCAUCUGGCCGAGGAAUGAUCACCAAACUUGCCUGCAUGUUGCUGCUUACGGAGGCCAUUUCGAGGUUGCAAGGCUGAUAAUUGAGAGGAAAAGUUUUAGCAAUAUAGUGCAUUUCAUACUGCUUAUAAGGGAUGUCUAUGGUGCCACUCCUUUGCAUUGUGCCAUUCAUGGAGAAGAUCCAAGGAUUGUUACUGAAAUACUAAAUGUACAUGUAUUUUGUUUUGACAAGAGUAUAAUGACAAAGAGGGAUAAUUUUGGAAGGUGUGCAGUGCAUGUAGCAGCCAUCAAGGGUCGUUGGGACAUGAUUGAGAUAUUCAUUUCAAGAAUGCCUGAUUGUGUUGAAAUUCGUAGCAGUGACCUUAAAACUACUUUACACUUUGCUGUGGAAAGUAAUCAAUUUGAGGUGGUGCAAAAGCUACUCUUUCACUAUAAACUUGAAGAAGUUGCAAAAUUGGUGAGUUAUGAUCGAGAUAUUUCUGGAAACACGGCACUACACCUAGCCACCAUUAAUCUAGUGGAUCCUCAGCUUGUAGAAUAUUUGGUGUCCUUUCCCAAUGUAAAUGUGAAUGCCAUCAAUGGUGAUGGAAAGACUGUACUAGAUAUCGUUACAUCCGAAAACAAACCUCGAUGUGACAAGAUCAAAUGUAUAUUAGAAGAUGCUGGAGCUUCUCAAAGUUGCAUAAACAACUCAGAACCUCAAAAAUCAACAGGUUCAGAACAAGGGAAUGGUGAUGAGGGAAAAAUUAUGGGUGUGGACACACUAGUGGCAUCAUUGAUUGCUUCUAUUACAUUUUCAGUCAUCUUUCAAGUACCUGGUGGAGUUACAAGUGGUUUCAAGAACAAAGGAGAAAAUGAAGUGGCUUCUUUGGGAUUAAAUACACUUUUCCAAAUAUUUUUAUUCUCUGAUAGUCUUGCUUUGUUUUCUUCCCUCACAGUGGUAAUUUCUUGGCUAUUUCAUGAGCGACUACAUGUUAGUCGUAGAGCAAAUCGAUCAUUGUUAGCAAAUUUUUCAGUUCUAAGCUUGGGAACCUCAAUAGCCUCUACAGCUCUUGCAUUUUUAAGUGCAACCAUCCUUGUGACAGUACCACUAAAUUAUGAAAACAUGAAGCAUAAAGAUCAAAAGCAUUUCAAAAAAUAUCAGCUAUUAUUAGGAGGUGAAAUAUUCACAGCAUUUAUUGUACCAACACUUGCGCUUCUUUUUCUAUCUAUGUUGUGGGUUGUUGAAUACUAUUUCAAAGCUACAAUUGAAUACCAAGCUCACCUGAAGAAGCAGCUCAAACAAGUGCUCAUAUACAUAAUCCCAUCAUUUUCCAUUAUAUUUGGAAUCAUUGUAUGCUAUGGAGUAGUAUAAUUUUUGAGAUAGUAAUGCACAAAGAAAACCUUUAUUGGUAUGGUUUGACAUUGACAAAUGUAAUUUCAUACUUCAUUUAUAUAUAUUCAACAUGUACAUGGUGUACAUGAUGGUAUUAUUAUUUCAUUAAAGUUAUGCUUGAAAUUGGAGCUAUCUUUG